CGGCGGUCCGGCCCCGCGGCGCCGCUUCCGGUGCGGGCCCCGCCCCGGCUGUGGCCCCCGGCUGCGGAGGACUCCGAGACGCAGCUGCCGCGCCGGGGCCUGAGCGGCCGCCUCCUCCUCCGCCGCCCGAAAAGCCGGAGCGCCCCGCACAGGUUUAGACCCAGUGUGCCUGGUGGGCUGUGCCCAGGUUCAGAGUCAUGCCACUCUGUGGGUGAAGCUUGAGGCAAUAAUGGAACCACUUCAGCAGCAGCAGCAGCAGCAGCAGCAGCAGCAGCAACAGAAGCAGCCACACCUGGCUCCUCUGCAGAUGGAUGCCAGAGAGAAGCAGGGCCAGCAGAUGAGAGAAGCCCAGUUCUUGUAUGCCCAAAAGCUGGUCACACAGCCGACUCUCCUUUCCGCCACACCUGGGAGGCCUUCUGGCAGCACUCCCUUAGGUCCCUUAGCCAGAGUUCCAUCCACCACAGCAGUGGCCCAAGUCUUUGAACGGGGCAACGUGAACUCAGAGCCUGAGGAAGAGGAUGGAGGUUUGGAAGAUGAGGAUGGGGAUGAUGAAGUUGCGGAGGUGGCUGAGAAAGAAACCCAGGCUGCUUCAAAAUAUUUUCAUGUGCAGAAAGUAGCUCGCCAAGAUCCCAGAGUGGCACCCAUGUCCAAUCUACUUCCAGCACCAGGGCUGCCACCACAUGGACAACAAGCUAAAGAAGACCAUACCAAAGAUGCUUCCAAGGCCCCACCUUCUGUCUCCACAGCAGGGCAGCCAAAUUGGAAUCUGGAUGAGCAGCUCAAGCAGAAUGGUGGUUUGGCCUGGAGUGAUGAUGCAGAUGGAGGCCGGGGAAGAGAGAUCUCUCGAGAUUUUGCCAAGCUGUAUGAACUGGACGGUGAUCCUGAAAGGAAAGAGUUCCUGGAUGACCUCUUCGUCUUUAUGCAGAAGAGGGGGACCCCCAUCAACCGAAUCCCCAUCAUGGCCAAGCAGAUCCUGGACCUGUACAUGCUGUAUAAGCUGGUGACCGAGAAGGGGGGCCUGGUGGAGAUCAUCAACAAGAAGAUCUGGAGGGAGAUCACCAAAGGCCUGAACCUGCCCACAUCCAUCACCAGUGCUGCCUUCACCCUCAGGACCCAGUACAUGAAGUAUCUGUAUGCCUAUGAGUGUGAGAAGAAAGCCUUGAGUUCCCCAGCCGAGCUCCAGGCAGCCAUUGAUGGCAACCGUAGGGAGGGCCGGCGGCCCAGCUACAGCUCCUCCCUCUUUGGCUACUCACCUGCUGCAGCUACUGCUGCUGCCGCUGCCGGGGCCCCUGCCCUCCUCUCCCCACCCAAGAUCCGCUUUCCCAUCCUUGGGCUUGGCUCCAGCAGUGGCAGCAAUACCAGUAGCCCUCGGAUAUCCCCAGCAACCACUCUCAGGAAAGGUGAUGGAGCCCCAGUGACAACAGUGCCUGUGCCAAAUCGCCUGGCUGUGCCCGUGACCUUGGCAAACCAGCAGGCUGGUACUCGGACCGCCGCGCUGGAGCAGCUGAGGGAGCGGCUGGAGUCAGGGGAGCCUGCUGAGAAGAAGGUGUCGAGGCUGUCCGAGGAGGAGCAGCGCCUGGUGCAGCAGGCCUUCCAGCGCAACUUUUUCACCAUGGCACGACAGCUCCCCAUGAAGAUCAGGAUCAACGGCAGGGCAGAAGACAGAGCAGAGGCCUCGGCUGCAGCACUGAACCUGACCACGAGUAGCAUUGGGAGCAUUAACAUGUCCGUGGACAUCGAUGGCACCACCUACGCAGGUGUGCUGUUUGCCCAGAAGCCUGUGGUCCACCUCAUCGCGGGGUCUGCUCCCCAGAGCCUCGGCAGCAGCGCCAGCAGCAGCAGCAGCUCUCACUGCUCACCAAGUCCUACCUCAUCCCGGGGCACCCCCAGCGCAGAGCCCUCCACCAGCUGGUCCCUCUGAUGGGCAGGACCCAGCUUCCCACUUGCCACUCUCCUGUCAAGAGUGAAGGAAGUUGAUGCACAGAAUUUACCUCAUCUCACGGAGCCCACGUCGACGAGCACCAUUUGGCCAGACAUUGAGAGUUUGGAUGUGCCCGUCUGUCCAGGUUCCAUUCAGGUCCUGCUGUACUCUGGGGGCAGGGAGAGGCUAGAGGGGCAGGACAGACAGCGUUGUCCAAUCAGGGAUUGUCCUGGAGAACUCGGUGGGGGUCUGUGGGUGUCCAGCUUCCUCCAGGGUUCCCCAGCCACCUCCCAGCUCGGGGCACAGUGUAUUGACAAUCUGUCAGCCGACACAGGGCUGGAGGCCCUCCAUUUCCCUUCCCCUUUAAUUUAUUUCCCUGCCCCUGCCUUCUGCCAUGACCCCAGGGCCACUAGUCUCUUCCCCUGUUUUUAAGUCCCAUGUGGGGCUGCUAGGAGCCAAGAGCAUGCCUUCAUG